AUGCAUCCUUUCAACGUUCCCGUACGCUCUUACCUAACGUCCCUCUACGGGCUGGUCUUGUUCGCCAUCUCGAGCGAUGCACCCGUGACUUUUUCUACCCUUUAUGCCCACCUUUCUAUACAGGAAGAACGUGGAUCUUACGACAACGCGGAUGUUUUCUCAUUCGGCAUCCUCCUCUGUGAACUCAUCACGUGUCUGGUAAACGACGGUCUGCGGAUACCCCGAACUCCGGUCUUCGGUCUUGAUGUCGACAGUCUUCCUACACCCCCGGAUUGUCCAUCUUGGCUUCUUGACCUUGCUGUUCGAUGUUGUAAUGUUGAGCAUACCUGUCGGCCACUGGUAAAGGAGAUUAAUCAGAUCCUUCGCUACCAUCUUGCCAACUGGUGUGGCGGGAUGAAUUCGUCACAAUCCACGCCGAAGACUGCCAUCGUCGAGGACCCAACUUUGGAACUUGAUGUGAGUGGUUUAAAAUACGCAGGUUACUUAUGUUUAGUUAGUACGGACCUUAUAAUCUUUGUUUGGGUUUCCCAUGCUAAUUACCUGUUGCAUUCUUCUUGUCUGUGUAUGUUCGGCCACCAUAAUCGGUGA